AUGAAAUACCUCUUAGCCGUGCUGCCCGCGAUCGCGUCGUUGUGCACCGUCACCGCCCAAAAUGUAGUUGGCGUGCACUUUAUCGAUGCCAGCGAGGCUGGAACACCUCCAGCGGCCAGCGACAGCAGGAGUGCGACAGGAGACGCCUCGGGUACUGCUGCCUCGGUCCCCUCAGAGACGGCAACGACUACGGCCUCGAGUGACAUGUCCUCUAUGCCGACUGCUGCACCAAGUGCAUCUGCAUCCGAUGAUAAUUCGUAUGGGUAUACAGACGAAAUGCCCUACUCGAGCCUCACCCAAGGCGGCUACCAGCAAAUGGAGUGCGGUUAUGGCUACGCGAGAGCUAGUCCUCAGGCAUAUUGUAUGCAACAACCGUGGUAUCAGAUGGAGGGAUGCUACGAGACUGUCCUAAUCAACAAACGCAAGAUCUGCAGCACCGUAGUAAACCACAAGACAGUCGAUGUGACUACUACUGUAAUGGGACAUCAGUCCACAGUGACCAUGACAGAAACUGCCUUUGCCACAGAAACAGUCACGAGCACUCGUGAAGUCACUCGUGAAGUCGUCGCCACCGAUGUGGUCCUCACGACUCGCGUCUGGGUGUCCACAGAGAUUCGUGACCAGACCAAAGUCAUCGAACAUACCCUCACGGCCACAGAGACGGUUACCCAGGUUGCUACUCGCACCAAACUUAAUACUGCCGUUGCCACGCAGACUGAAGUCGUGACGCGGAACCAUGUCGUGACCAAGAAUCUGCUGUCCACCAUUCUUCAGCCGGUCACGUACGUCAGCGUCUGGAGGACGACCAUCACAAAAGACAAGACGGAGACUGUUGUACAGACGCUCAGCUCUGUGGUCACCGACGUUUCUACCUUUGUGACGGAUGUCAAGGAUGUUCGAACCGUCACCGACGUCGAGACUAUUCACUCUACUCGAUUGGUCCCGACGACUUCUGUCAAGAUUUGGGAGACGACUCGGGUCAACGAGGAGAACCAGACGGUUGUCGAGACUCUGACUAGCAAUAUUGUUGGUACACGAACUCUGGAUGUCACCGAGUUCCGUACGGCUACGGUAACUGCCGUGCAGACGCGCGAAGUUGCCGAGACGGCGCUCUCGAGCUGCUUGAACAACUGCCAGAAUCAUUAUUCGCUGGUUCCAAACUCGCGAUAUCAGUACAACACGGCAUAUGCAGGCAGCAAUAACUAUAAUCAGUACAACGGCAAUCAGUACAACAACAACUAUGGCUAUGCAGCCCCAGCCAUGUCAAGUGGAGGAUAUUGA